AUGACGACUUUCUUCUCAUUGGAGCUGAUAACUGAGGCUGCUUCGAACUCGGUGAUGGUCUUCUUCUUCUGCAAUCUGAUCAUCGUCACCAUCCUCGUCGCCUCCUCCUCGGCAUCUCCUUCUUCGACGACAAGCGGAAUGCACCACGUCUCGAUGGUGGCGGGAACUCCCUACUACCACGUGACUAUUCACCAGCAGGAGGAGACUCUGGUUCUUGGUGCAGGAAAUGAUGCUCUGUUUUCCAGUGAUGAAAACAGAGCAUCUUGGUCGUUGUCAUCUGCGGAUUCCAAGUUGGCCGCAUUGGCAACAACUACCCACCAAGAUGAGGAUGAAGAAGAGGAAAAGGAAGAAGAAGCUGAUUGCAGCAGCGGUGGAGCAGAAAAUGGAAAAGAGGACUGCAAUGACAAUGAUGAGUGCGUGGACGAGGAAGAGGAUGAACUGAGAAAGAGAGUUGAGGAGUUCAUAGAGAAGACUACCAAGGAAUGGCGGGCAGAAUUGCUGAGAACAUCAAAAUCGCGGCUCAUGAUUGCUGGUUGA